AUGAGUUAUUGUUAUCUCACAGCUUACAGCAACAGGUCAGUGAAAGUAAUGGUAUCACAAAUGGAAACAAUAGCUACAAGUUCUACUACCAAUUCACUAAUGAGACUUAAAGAAACAAUGGAAACUUAUCAUUCUCAACCAUACCAU